AAAUGAAACUGAAAAAUGAAUACCCCUAUAUUCAAGAAUCAAAAUCCGUCUUCUUCCCACGAAAUUCCCAAAAUCUUUCUCUGCUAAAACUCACCAUUGAAGGAACCCCCAAUGGACCAAGUGGUGGAGGAAGUUGAAAACGUGAAGAAAGAGUUGGAAGAAACAUUCAAACAGACCCAAGAACACAUCAAAUCUAUUCAUGAAUAUGGAAAAUCAGGAACAACAAGAUUAAUUUCAGAAGAGAAAAGUUCACUUCCAAGAUUGAAUGGUCUGGCUCAAGAUGGGAUGAAUCUGCUUCAAUCACUUCAAUUUAAGCUUGAUCUCUUAGCCCCACAACUCCCUUCAGAUGAUCAAGUUGAAAAAACUCAGUCUUUGGCCAAAUCAUGGAAAACCCAGAUCCAAAGCUUGAGGUUGAGUUUAAGAAAUGCUAAUUUACAAGCAAAGGCAAACAUGAGGAAAGCUGCUCAAGAAGAGAGGGAACUUCUCCUGGGAGGUGGGGAAGAAUCUACAGUUCGCAGACGAAAUCUACAGACAAAAGCUGGAAUGACAUCUGCAGCUGAAAGCAUCACGGAAAGCCUGCGCCGCACUCGCCAACUUAUGGUUCAGGAGGUUGAUAGAAGUGCAAGCAUUCUAAUGACAGUUGAUGAAUCAACAGGCGUAUUAACGAAAGCCGAGAGUGAAUACAAGGGCCACCGCUCGUUGCUUUCGCGAACUCGGAAUCUUCUAUCCACAAUGCAACGGCAGGACGUUCUGGACAGGGUGAUACUGGUGGUUGGAUUUAUUAUUUUCUCAUUGGCCGUGCUUUACGUGGUUUCAAAGCGUAUGGGGUUGCUCAAGUUGCAGCGUAAGCUGAUUGAAGCUGUGAAGUCCGGUACAGCUGGACAGGUGGAGAUUAUAGCUGGAGCUGGUAGACAAGGUGCAAAUGUUGCUCAGGUUCAGAUGAAUCCUGUUGUACCUGAGUUAAAUGUACCCUUAGAACAAGCAAUGCAUGAUGAACUUUAAGUUCUCUAUAACUUUUGUACAUUUUCUUUGUUACAUGCAAUUUCAUCUAUGAAGCUCCACAGGGGUUCGAGUCACAGGAGAGUAAGUGGGAACACUAUUAAUCCUCCCGAGGGUAGGGUGGUUGAAUCAAAAAGCUAUAAAGCUCCAUAUCUCGGUUACAGCCUUACAAGAAAUCAUAUAUUCUUUUGUUUCCUUCAUUCACAGCUCGCCUUGCGCCCUCACCGGUUAUAUCGUUUUUGAUCUUGGUAUUGUAGACACAGAUAAACAGUAUAUGUCCAGUAACUUUUAGAGAAUGCAUGUUAAAUAUUGUUUUAUGUUGUUGCA